GAGAUGUAACAUUAUCGCUGCAACGUAUGCGUUGAAGAUGUCUGUAAUACGUGGUAUAAUGCCAUAUUCCAGUCGUGAGUGUGGUGGUAUCGUUCUUCAUUCCCUUCACUCAACCUUGAGUAUUAUCACUUUUUCGAUUACACACCUCAGAACGCAUCAACAGCAAUGGUCGAAGAUCACAAUCGUGCGGCAGCCAUGGAGUUUCAUCCAUUUCCUAAGCUUCCAAUUGGACUCCGAGCAAUGAUAUGGCGGUUUAGUUUCCCACCCACUCGAACUGUCUCUAUUCGAUGCGAUACAGCCCAUUCAACCUGGGGAACCUCCCCGGCAAAGGUCCCGGCCAGCUUACACACUUGCCGCGAAUCGAGACAAGAGGCCAUACGAUACUACGGCAACUUAAAGUUCGGUAUAGCUGGAGUACCGAAGAUCUACUUCAAUCCUGAAGUCGACGUUUUACACUUUGGUCCGCUCAAUGGAUUCAUGGCGGCAUCUGCACAGUAUUUUUCUGCCAUGUCGUUGUGCGACCCAUCAGACUUGAAGGAUGUCCGCUACUUGGCGAUCGACGACUCUGUGCUUGGACACGGGCUCAACAGGGGGGGAGCCGGCUCCGAACUCGCUACUCGGACCAUUCGUCAACUUCCGCUGCGCAUGCCGGGGCUGAAAGGGAUCGUGUUCGUGCGCAGCAAAGCUGCGUCUGUAUUUCGAGAGACGGACAACUAUUGCAGAGACCUUCAGACAUUGAUUGGAGUUGCAAUACGGGAAGUUGCUAGCAAAUUUCCGGAAUGGAAGGUUCCUUCGUGGUGUACGGCAACAACUUGUACGGACGAAAGCUUGUAAUGUGGAAGGUUGGGCAGGAUCCGUCUCGAUACUUCAAACGGGAAUUUACUAGAACCUUCGGGGCUAGGAAUAUCUGCCGAUCAGAGGACACACUAAACCUAUCCUGAAGUUCGAAAUGAUC